CGAUCACCACCGCCUCCUCUGACGCUCGUCCCACCUCCCCCAUUUGAAACCUCCUCUCGCUCGACCCCUCUCCUCUCUCCUCCUCUUCUUCUCCGCCCCCUCCUCUUCUUCGAGAGAGCUCGUCUCGAUCGCCAAUGGCGUCCAUCGCCGCGGAGGAGAAGCUCGAGAAGCUCCGCUCUGCUGUUGCUAGCCUCGAUCAGAUCAGUGAGAACGAGAAAUCCGGGUUCAUCGACCUCGUGAUACGCUACUUGAGUGGAGGGGCGGAUAAGAUCGAUUGGAGUAAGAUCGAGACUCCAACUGGGGAAGUGUUGCUACCGUACGCGAGUUUAGCGCCUCCUCCAGAAGAUCUCGAGACAACUAGGAAGCUUCUUGACAAGCUUGUUGUACUGAAGCUCAAUGGAGGAUUGGGCACGACAAUGGGAUGUACUGGUCCCAAGUCCGUCAUUGAAGUCCGUAAUGGUUUUACAUUUCUUGACCUAAUUGUCAUGCAAGUAGAGUCUCUAAACAACAAGUAUGGGUGCAAUGUGCCUUUGAUCUUGAUGAAUUCAUUCAAUACUCAUGAAGAUACCCAAAAGAUUUUGGAGAAAUAUUCCAAGGCGAACAUUGAAAUUCAUACUUUUAAUCAGAGCAAGUACCCUCGUUUGGGUGUUGAGGACUUCUUGCCUCUGCCAUGCGAAGGGAAAACUGGGAAGGAUGGCUGGUAUCCUCCAGGGCAUGGUGAUAUGUUCCGGUCCUUAUUGGACACGGGCAAGCUUGGUCUGUUUCUGUCACAGGGGAAGGAGUAUGUGUUCAUCUCAAAUUCAGACAACCUGGGUGGCGUAGUUGACAUAAAGAUACUAAACCAUUUGCUCCACAGCCAAAAUGAGUAUUGUAUGGAGGUCACUCCAAAAACUUUGGCUGAUGUUAAAGGUGGCACACUAAUUUCAUUUGAAGGAAGGCUUCAGCUUUUGGAGGUCGCACAAGUACCUGACGAAAAUGUGAAUGAAUUCAAGUCGAUUGAGAGGUUCAAGAUUUUCAACACCAACAAUCUAUGGGUGAACCUGAAGGCCAUUAAGCGGCUCGUCGAAGCUGAUGCACUUAAAAUGGAGAUUAUCCCAAACCCCAAGGAAGUGGAUGGGGUGCAAGUACUUCAGCUGGAAACAGCGGUUGCUGCGGGGAUUCGUUUCUUCGACAAUACAAUCGGUAUUAACGUGCCCAGGUCCAGAUUUCUCCCAGUGAAGGCAACAUCAGAUUUGCUGCUCGUUCAGUCUGAUCUUUAUACUGUCGAUGAUGGCUUUGUUAUCCGUAGCGAAGCUAGAAUAAGCCCCUCAAAUCCCUUAGUCGAAUUAGGCCCCGAGUUCAAAAAGGUUGCCAAUUUCCUCGAUCGCUUUAAGUCGAUACCCAGUAUAGUUGAGCUUGAUAGGUUAAAGAUCCACGGCGAUGUUUGGUUUGGUGCUGACGUAGUACUUAAGGGCAAGGUAAGCAUCACAGCAAAACCAGGAGUCAAGUUGGAGAUUCCAGAUGGAGCUGUGCUUGAAGACAAGGAAAUCAACGGCCCUUAGGACCUUUGAGAAUGUUUGACCUUCUCCACUUUUUCGAAUGCCAUGUCACAUAAUCUAUCAGGUUCUCUUUUGUGCAGUUUAAUGGUGCAGUUCUCGUUAAUAUGCAGAAAUUAGCGUUUUUGUGCAAAUGCACAUACCUCCUACAAAUUAAUUCUUGUAUGUCCGCUUCAAAAUUUCAAUGUUCCUUACAUGCUGUUUUCAUGUGGUGCAUUAUUUGAUUCUUAUGUUCAUAGUGUAAUAUGGGCCACUCAUGUAUUUUCACUUUCGACAAACUCGUACUUGGGUUAAUUUGUUCCCUUUUUGGAUUUUAUUUUUGCUUGCGGGCAGCCAAAA